AUGUUGCUCAAGGUGAAGUACCAAAAUACCAAGAAGUACAUCCGGUUAACGUCAGGAUUCACCUUUGUGGAUUUCCUUGCUCAAGGUGAGUAGCCAUCUCAUAGUUGCCCUCACAACAAUACACAAGGACUAAUGUUUUUGGGAUGGCUAUAUUUAAUGUUAAAUUUGGAUAUCUAUCUGCCCCCCAAAACUUUUUGCAUGAACACACUUGUGUUAGUUACGAUGAAAAUGCAACAUUCUGAUGCUGUGGUGUUCAAAUUAAAACUUCAUCUAACUUCAGAGGUUAAAAAGGAACUUUAUGCUUUUGAUGAAACCAACACACUAAUUGAGGAAGACUUUUUUUCUGAACUGAUAGAGGCCAGUCCGGAUUUAUGACUUACAGUAUGUGACAGGAUCCCUGAUGCAGGUAGUUACAUUGCUCUGUUAUCCAUGAACAGUGUAAAAAAAACAACAACCAUAUCCCAAUCAGUGAAAAGUCAGGAGUAGCAUACUUUGUUAUUCAUUUGAACGAAAUCAUCAUUUACAAUUGGCCAAAUAUGAAAAAAUAUUGCUAUAGGUCAUUGCUAUAGGUGUAUGAUUAGAGUGUAAGCCAAAACGCAGAAGAUUGGCAGCCACAUUGCCAGAGCAGCUUGAUGGAGAUGCAUGCAGGGAAGCCAUAUCCUUUCUGAAUCACUCCCAUGAUGAAGUAAGUGUGUUUCAGAAGAUGAACAUGACCUUUCAGUUUCACCAAAACCUAGUGCAUGACCCACAGAGAACGACAUAUGUCUUUAAAACAUUCCCACGGUUCUUGGAUGUCAAAGGGCUGGUGAGUUGUUAUUUAUUUAGAGUUUAUUAUUUUGUUUCUUGAAUGUAAGUACAAUAUGCUGACUUUUUAAAUUUUUUUGUGCAUUUGUAUGCUUCUAUGAUCAACAGAUGAAUCAAGACUUUGUCCUACUGUUUGGAGCUGAAACAGUCUCCAAGAUGCUUCAGAAGUGGGACACAACUUUCAGGCCCAAGAUUAUCAGUGAGGCCAAACACCUGACUCAGUCAAUUGACCUGUACCGACUUCUAAAAGCUGCUGAGAAACAGACAGACAAUGAUGACAACAGUAAGCUAAUGUUUGAUUUUUAUCUCUAACUGCAAGUGCUGGUUACUAGGGGUAUUACUACAUGAUACUAUUGGGCUUUUUUCCCAUCUUAUUCUCCUCCUGAUAGCCUGGGACAGUGACAUAGCUUCUCUGCUGCUCCUUCUCCAUCUCCUGCCACCCACAGCUGGACGGAAGAGGACUAAGAUAAGUCCCAGUGAUGCAGUGGACAAAAUGUUGCACUUUCACAAGGUAUGCAUGUCUUUGGCUCUCAUUCGCCAUUCCAGCCAUCCUAAUCUGCUCUCAUUUACUUGUCAAUACACGGGCUACACAACCCAUUACAUCACAUGAAGUGGCACUGCUUUACGGUUCCCCGCAGUGUCGCUAAAGUGGAACUUCUGUCACAGUUUCUAGAAAUGUAUGAGAGUCAUGAAUUCAGUGAUUUGUGAAGUCGAGAGGUAUUCUUGAAAAUAAUGAUAACUUGGGUCAGUGUUCCGUGUCCUCUUUAAGACCUUGACCCAUCACUGUUCUCUCUUGGCUCAAGUUCACUCUCCUGCAUUGUCUACUCAUUGACUAAAGCAAUUAGGGCAGUUCUUUACUUGCUUCCUGCUGAUUCAUGUAUUUAGGGUGAAAAAUGAUGUUUACUGUAUUCUUUAAAAACAAUCUCGAAGCAGAAUACAAGUAAUCCAAUAUGAAGCAUAAAAUCAGCCUAACAUUUCCUGUGCAGUCAACCUGCUGAAAAUGAUGCUGUUGUUAAUCUAUUGUAUCUCAGGGGUCAUGUGCAUCAGAGAAAAGGUGAUGCAUGUAGGUUACACUGAGUGCACUGAUGCUUUAGUCCUGUCAGCCCCCAGAGCUCUGCUAAGAACUUUAGCCUCUCUGUAUUUUGGUUUGACACCAGCUUUUGAAAUGUCUUGUUCUGCCAGGCCGUCUGAUGGCUGUCUGAGUCGAUUUGUCAGAAACAUCCGGGGUGAAGCGAUAACAAACUGCAUGCUAACUCCUUUUUUUCCUCAGGCUUAAAAAAACCCUUCCGUCUCUCUAACAAGGCGUACAGGCCCAUACCUAGAGAGUUAGCGCUUCAUGUCUUCGACAAAUGGACUUACACCUCUUCCUCCAUCUCCCGCUCAGGAAAGGCAUGCACCAGUCUACUUCCCUCCAUCUCUCUCUAUAUUAAAUCGACCAAUCAGGGGGUGUCAGUCAUGCAUCCCAGCUCACGGCUGACAAGCUGGCAGUUGCGAUGCAAGAGCGGUUCAUUCAUUUCGAUGACACUCUGCCAAUAUCUGUAUGGUGGAAGCUGCACGUCUCUGCCUUUUUUGCUCUCUGUCAGUGGAAAAAGAUUCUUGGGCAGACAGGGAGAGAGAGAGAUGGGCAUCGAACCGAGCAGAAUUAAAAGCUCUGACUUUAAGUCUUCAGAUCCGGGGUGUCUGACAUGCCAGUUUGAAGUGUGACUGAUAACGCAGGAGGAAGGUUUACAGGGGAAACAGCUCGUCUUCCUGCCAGCAAAGCUCCAUCUUUAAUGUCUGAGGAUGCAGGUCUUAUUGAAGUCUAAUAGCGUGUCCAUGUGUUUAGGCUUGUUGGAGAAACUCGGGGGCAUAUUGAUGUAGCCAGGAGGGUGCUGAGCCAGAGCAAGGGCUGCUCACUGAGCUCGAACUGUUUCCGGAGGGGGGCCUGUGGGGCGCUGGAGCAUCACCAAUAACACAACCACCAUGACAUCAACUCAAAGUCUUCUGAAUUCAGAGAUAAACAGCCCCACUUUAGUCUGCUCAGUUUGUUUAGAUGCCUUUCAUUGUCAUAUUUAUCGAUUUGUAGUUGCCAACAAAGUUACACCAAACACAUACUGAGAGCUGGAUCCACCUGAGCCAAAACCUGAUAGCUGAUAUAUCAGUAAGUUGCUGUUUGCAGCUUUUCCUGCCUCUUUUGUUAAUAAAAGUGACAAUGUACAUGAAGGUUAUGACAACUUUUUGAAUUCAUACAAACUCUAUUCACUUUGUAAUAGGAAAAUCAGCUUAACACAUAAGUUAAGCAGUAAAUAUGAAUAAGUAAAACAACAACGAAAACCAAUGCCUUUUUUAUCACUUCCAGAAUAUUAUACUGUGAGCUAGGUAGAAAUAAAACAUACAAUGAGAUGUUCAGAAAGUUACAAAUUGGCUAUUUUGCAGGGUCCAAAAUGAAGUUUUUGACUCAGUGGCCAAAUAUAUUCCUUACUGGCUGAAAUAUUCAAUAAAUUUUUGUGUCACAAACAUAUUUUUCAAGUACAGCUCACUAAGAUGUUAUGGUAUAGUGUUACAGAUAAAAUAACAGAUUUACUGUUGAUCAAUAUAAGCCUUAACUCACAAAGUGGGUUUGUUAACUCGAGAGGCCAGAGGGCCACAGAGGAAACAUUAACCCUUUUAAUAUUCACAUCUCUGAAUUGCAAUUUAAUAAACCAGUCAUCCCCACUACCUGAACUUGUGACUGUCAGGCCUUGUCCCCACCUUUCCUCCACCCACACUCUGAGCACCAGCUCACCACAGGGCUGGUGUGCUAAGGCCCCUCCUGUAUCAUCUCUACACUCACAACUACAGCCCGGCCCAUGGAAACAACAUCAUUGUGAAAUUUCCUGACAACACCACAUUGGUCGAAAGCAGACAAGGCAGCCUACAGAGAGAAGGUCCAGGAGCUCAAGACCUGAUGUUCUGACAACAACCUGGCUCUGAACACCACAAAGACAAAAGACAUCACCAUGGACUUCAAGAGUCGGCCAUUUUGGUUUGAAUAUUGGUGUUUUGAGAUUUUUUAAGGUGUUUUCCAAACUCCUCCUAGGGAUUUAUGAAUAGAAAGCUGAAACUGCAGCCACAGGUACCAACAAUAGUUUACUUUCAGACUGAUGUACAACUUUUCAUAAUAAGGCUUAGUUUGGCAACACCGUCCACAUGCACCAGCCAUCACAACUGUCCUGGCUGACGCAGAGAGAAUUGCACGGGAAAUGACAGGCAAUGCGACAGAGUGGGGGUCUGUUGGGGAGGCGGUCCACAGAGGUGGCAGCAUGGAAUUGCUCGGGCCUGCUGGUGUGCUGCGGGGCACUAGUCUUUUCGUUGGAUUUACUUCACCUAAUAUAUCCUUGGGUUUAGAGUAAGCCCUGGUUAUAAAUAAAAAAAUAAAAAUAAAAUUCAGAUAACUAUGAAAUGGUAUUUGAUGUACUCCCUGUCACUUGAUGAAAUUCAUGACUACAGAGACUGAUAAAUGCAUCUAUGUAUUGAUAUAACAAUAUUGUAUUAUGCUUUAGAAUUCAUUUUGUUUUGAUUUAUAAUUGAAUUUUUAUCUUAUGUAAAAUCUUGGAAAUGUACUCUGUAAAUUAAUUUAUUCUAUAAAUCGACAUUUUGUUUUUUGAUUUGUGUGACAGUUCUUAUGUAUUGUGUUUUGUGUUAGUGUUUGACAUACGUAAAUAACUGACCUUUCACAAAACCAUGCCCCCAAACCGUCACUGUCCAAUCACACAGCCUAGCAUUUGUUACUAUGUAAGCAGGGUCCAACAAGCCACAGACCACUAGUGAAAUGGUGAAGCAAUGUGCCCACAGCGUGAGCAAGUCGGACAGAGUUUGGCUUGGGUAGUCAUUUUCUUUCCCUUUCCAAAACCAAAAACACAGAAGGAGUGUUGCCUACAGUGGAUAAAACACUGUGAAAGGCCCCACUCCCAGUUAAAUGUCAAGAAAAUAACCAAGCAUAAAUAUGUCUGCUUCAAUGUAAGGCUAAGCUAACUAACACCAUAGCUCACUAACAAUGUUUUGUCAGUAUACAUCGAAGUUUAACAUAGCGGCUCAACAGAUAAUUUACAUUUAUUUUGUUUCUAUUUUUCAUGUAGCAUUUUGUGAGCAGAAACCUAAUCGUGAAUAUCCCAACCCUGUACUUGCUGUAAAAGUGCCAAACGUGAAUGUAAGAAUGACUUGACACCAUAGUCUGCCUAAAACAUGCCUCUUUAUAGAACAGCAUGAUGUUCUGUCAGUGUUAAGUGUAAAAGUUAGGAAGUGCUGCUCCAGUCUAGUAAUACUCAAUACUCAUUUUGAGCAUAAUACGUUUCCAUGCACUCAUUCGCAUUCCAGGUAACAUCAAUUAAGUCUUUCAGGGUUUAGUGUUUAGGGUUUAGGGCUUGGGAUUAAGGGACUAUAUAAAAAGUUUAGGGAUAAGGGUUUAGGGCUCAGGGCCUACAUCUAUGGCUGAUGGUUUUGGGCUUAUAUUUAGGACAAAGGGUUUCGAUUUAGUGCUUGGGUUUGGGGCUCAGGGUUAAGGGACUACAUUUAGGGCUAAGGGUUUAGGGUUUGGGGCCUAUAUUUAUGGCUUAAGGUUUAGGGCAUAUAUUUAGGUCUUAGAGUUUCAAGUUAGGGCUUAGAGUUUGGGGCCUAUAUUUAGGGUUUAGGGUUUCAGGCUUAUAUUUAGGGCUAAGGGUUUUGAUUUAGCUCUUAGAGUUUAGGGCUUUGGGUUUAGGGUUUAAGGAGGAGUUUAAAAUUCAGCCAUGAGUCAUCUGACUGAAAUAUUUCCAGCUUGGUCAGAAUUAAAAGUCAAACAUCCACCCUAAUUUUUCAUUAUGACUCUCCAUGCCUCAAAUUCUCCACAGGGUAAACAUCUCCAGGCUCAGGUGAUCAAGUUUCAUCCUGUUUGUGUGACUCAAAAAUUUUUAAUUGUUUAGUACAUUCUCACACCAAACUCUAUAAUAUGAAGCGUUUGUUAAAAAAGAGGAGAAACUUUGCUAACUUGCCUUUGAGAAGUCCCUCUGUUUUAGGUUCUCCAUCACCCACUGCUCUCCACCCACCUCCAGCUGUGCCGCCCCUCUCGCCACCUCGCUGUGUGGUGGGAGUCUGGUAAACAUGACCGGGACCUCCUCAUUGGAGCCACACGCCAUGGCUUGGGCUGGACGGACUCACAGGAGCUAUGUCAGGGGUCACCCCUCCAACCUUCACGCUUAGAGUCAUCAUCAUCGACUCAUCCCAGCAUCUCGAUAAUUAGGGCCAGGGUUCUUUUUGCAAUUACAUUUCAAGAUUGUGUACACUUAUUUCUCUUCUUUUAUUAAAUAUAAAGAUUUUUUAUACUCACAUUAUUUUAGUUGCUCUAUUCUUGUGUGCACUGAAACCGGGGGAAGCUCUAUAUUUCCGUUGAACAACUGUAUUCUUUUCUAUUCUAUUCUAUAAAUGUCCCAGUAUAUUGCUUUUUGUGUAUGGCAAUGUAAAUAAAGUAAGAAACCACAUACAUCAAACAUUUGAAAGAAUACAGGUAAAACUUUGUUUUAAGUAAGUUUUUGUUUGGAACAUAGAUACCAUGUAAUUAUUCACAUAAUUUUUACUCAUCCUAGACAUAUUUAGAUAUAUCCCCACAUUUAUCUGCAAUUGGCUCUCGGUGGGUGACAGUCUAGAGCUCUUGUUAGUUUAGCAUUGAAGUUUACUGCAUUACAAAUCCAUACCUGUAUGAGGCAUUUAAGUUGUUAAAAAGUGCAUAUUAUCAUUUCAGUGUUUCCCCUAUAGCGUGUUUGGCACCCCGCCCUGCCAACAAGAUCCCAACAUUAAUUAUGUCUCUGGAAGAACUUCCUCUGUUUCUAUGGGUGAUAGCAUUUCAGAGUCCUCCCCACUGUCCUUGGGUGUUCCUCAGGGAUCUGUUCUGGGGCCAAGGCUGUUCUCCCUUUAUUAACCACUUGAACAAAUCAUAAACAGUUUUGAUAUAUAUAUUUUUUUAUCAUCUAUACACAAAUGAUAUCUUUUCUUCUCAUUCAGACUCAAUGAGGCGUCUAGGUAAUUGAGGCUCUUGGACUUAUUAAUUCAAUAGAUAAAUGGAGGACAGAACUAUUUACAGCUUGAUGCAGAUAAAACAGAGAUUAUAGUCAUUGCACAAGAUAAAACAGUACACACAAAACGCUGGGUCUCUUUCUCAUGCUGUCCACUGCAGUUUAAGCAAUCUAGCAACCUAUAUUUAAUCAAACUUGAUAUUUUGACAGUUAAUCAGCUCAUCAGCUCGUUACUUUCAUGUUUAGACAGGCAUUUGAAUAAACAUCUUGUAUAUUUCCAUGUCUUGACACUUUUAUGCUGUUGUUUGAUGUAUGAUAUUUUUUUCUCUAUAUGCCUAUGUGAAGCACUUGGUUUCUGUGACAAUCCUAAUACAAAUCAACUUUAAUUACUUACAUGCUUGUUGUCUUUUUUUUUUUUUUCUUCCUGUUUUGAUUUGGGCACAAAAUCUGAAUUCAUAUCCCUUUCUUUUUUUUUUUUUUUUUUAUUCUGCUGUCGGAAAACAAAAAAUAAUUUCCUGUUUUUCUAUUUUCAGUGUCAUACUGAAACACAAAAACAUGAUACAAAGAUUCACACAGUGUUAAGUAUUGAAACAUUAUAGCUAAUAAUCCUCUGCUCAUGUCAAUGAAAAAGAAAGUUAACUCUAAAAGUUAAAAGCCAAUGUCACCACUAGUGAGUCCUCCGAGUACUAGCCGUGAAGCUGUGAAAUAAAAAAAAAACCCAAACAACACCUUUUCUUAAACAUAUUCAUCUAAACGCUGAUAAUUGUGUUUCUUACUGCAGUAUGUUUUCCAGUCCUCCAUGAGUUCAGAUGCUUUGCUCUAAUGAGAGACCUGUCCCAAGUGGGUCAAAGCAUUCUGGUAAAACAGCUAAUUAAGUGGCAAUUAACCAGCCCUGUCUGCUGAAAACUAAACAUAGUCGGCCAAUUUAGCUGGAAUGUGCCCAAAUGGCUGCUUGUUAGUCCAACCAGCACAGCGUUAACAGAAAAUAAAUCACUCGUAGAUAUUCUUUAUUUUUCCUGAGAUAAGUUUAGAAAUUAGAAAACAACAUUGAUCUUUGACUCGGCUGUUAUACGAUGAUAAAUGAUUAAGAGUGGUGUAAAAGGAGAAGGUGGGUGAGGGGGAGGUGAGAACAGAAAGGAUUGGACGCAGAGAGAGUCAUGCAUGAGAUGCAUGUUUUGUCUUAACUGGGAUACAUAUGGACCUUAACACUGCCUGACAGAGUGUGUGAUGUUUUCCUAUCUUUCAUUAUCAGGCAGGCAGCCCCGCCGCCAGGCAUUACCUGUUGAUGACCGAGUGGACCAGCGACCUGAUGGACAGAUGGAUGGGAUCGUUGAUGAAUGUCUGGCAGGUGCUUUGUCAGUCUGGAAGGCAAUCUAA